AUGAGCUCCCAAACAAGAAAGCAGUUGCAGGGUCCAAGGCCUGCAGCUCUUACAGUGAGAAAAAGUUCCACAAAGAUAAAGAAGCCAAUUCCAAGUACUAGUACUGGAAAAAUCGGUUCUCCUGUUAUAGUGUAUUUGCAGUCUCCCAAGGUUAUCCACGUAAGACCCGAGGAGUUCAUGGGUCUGGUGCAACGGCUUACUGGGAAACAAGCACCAAGUACUGUUGUUGCUGCUGCUGAUUCUCAUACUUCUUACUCUUCCACCUCUUGUGUAAGACCGGCUGAUGAAACCAUGGGCACGGGAAUUAUCUCGAGCUAUGGUAGCGAGCAGAAGCACUAUAACAGUGGGGUAGAGUAUGGUGUUGAUCCAUUUAUUGGAAUAUCUGCAACUUCUCCAUACUUUGCUGCAUAUUCUGAAGCUUUAUGGUCGGUGAUCAACUUGGAUCUCUAA